UAGUGUUUAAUAGAUAGAGAGAAGGGGGAGAGAGACAGACAGAGAGAGAAGGGAAGAGAGAGAGAGAAGGGGGGGAAGAGAGAAAGACAGACAGAGAGAAGGAGAGAGACACGUUGCAUGCCACAUUUUACUCCUAAUGGAAGAAACAUCUCUUGUGAAGCCACAAUUUAUAAAAAAGGGUUGAAUUUUUAUUUCUCUUAUUUUUUUUCCAUCUUAAUCCUCUCAUCUAAAGAAUUUGUUCACAAGUUAAACAGCAUGUUUUAAAGAUGUUUCUAGACCAUCAUGAAGUAACCGCUUCAUCGUGUUAGUACUGACCAGCACACUGUAGCAGUGACAUCAUGAGUUGGAGUUUUCUGACACGUCUUCUGGAGGAGAUCUCCAACCAUUCAACGUUUGUGGGCAAGCUGUGGCUUACUUUGCUGAUUGUGUUUCGGAUCGUACUGACCGUGGUGGGGGGUGAAUCAAUAUACUAUGAUGAACAGAGCAAGUUUGUAUGCAAUACACAUCAACCUGGUUGCGAAAACGUGUGCUACGAUGCGUUUGCACCGCUCUCGCACGUUAGGUUCUGGGUUUUCCAGAUCAUCAUGAUCACCACACCCACCAUUCUGUACCUUGGCUUUGCCAUGCACAAGAUUGCACGUAUGGAGGACACUGAUUACAGUUCACGUGGCAGACGCAAACACAUGCCUGUUGUAAAUCGGAGCGCCAACCGUGAUUACGAGGAGGCCGAGGACAACGGCGAGGAGGACCCCAUGAUCUCUGAGGAGAUUGAGCCUGAGAAGGAGAAAGAAAAGGAGAAAGAAAUAAGGAAGAAGCAUGAUGGACGGAGGCGCAUAAAGCGGGACGGCUUGUUGAAGGUGUACGUGAUGCAGCUUCUCUCGCGUGUGGCUUUUGAGGUGGCCUUCCUUUUCGGCCAGUACGUGCUGUACGGGUUCGAGGUGGCUCCAUCUUACGUGUGCACACGUAGCCCAUGCCCACACACUGUGGAUUGCUUUGUUUCACGACCCACUGAGAAGACUAUCUUUCUGCUUAUUAUGUAUGCUGUGAGCAGCCUCUGCCUGCUGCUGACUUUGCUUGAAAUCUUGCACCUAGGCAUCAGUGGUAUCCGUGAUGUGUUCCAUAACCGUGCACGGCGCCAACAUCACCAUCAACUAGCCUUGAAUAAUCCACGGUCUGUGGUCUGCACACGUCACAUGCCCUCAGCACCCCCUGGGUACCACACGGCCCUGAAGAAGGAUUCUGGCAAGGCAGGUGCAAGAGGUGAAUACAAUCUGGGGGACUUGGGACGUGAGGCUCUGGGCGAUGAGGCGUCCUCGCGAGAGAUAGAGCGCCUGCGACGGCACCUAAAACUAGCACAGCAGCACCUGGAUCUGGCGUACCAGAGUGAGGAGGGCAGUCCAGUUCGAAGCGGCAGCCCUGAGUCCAACGGCACAGCCGCUGAGCAGAACCGCCUCAACUUUGAGAAACAAGAGAAGCAGGCCAGUUCCUGUGAGAAAGGGAUUAGAGCUUGAGUCCUGAGCCAGCAUUUCGAAUCUGUUUUUUUUCCUACCGAAACAACAUGGAGGACCUCUAUGAAGAUGGACAUCGUGUGUAUGAGAGUGUGUGUGUGUCUGUUUGUGUGCGUGCGUGCGCACGCAGGAUCUUUGCUAAGGCAGCACAACACCGAGCAUGCUGGUGAGCAAUAAGUACAGCAUGUGCAGUAUUAUGGAAGGACGGCAUGUCGGCCUCUGCGAAGAUCUACGCAGCCAGUGAUGCCUAAGGAACUGUCUGCCUGACACCCCAGAGUACACCGCGGCAAAUAAAACCCUUUAUUUCUGUAGCUGACUGAGCAGUUUUUGUGUGUUUAUAGAUACCAAGAAAAGAGCUGUAUGUUUAAAGCGCUUCUUACGAAGUGUCAAAGGUUGCAUCUCAAAAAUGCCUUACUUUGUUUUUGUUUUUUUUGUUUUUUUUUUACUUUUUUUUUUUAAUAUAUUAAAAACUGGAGUUUACAUAUUUCGUUGUCAUUCCAAAAAGCAAUGGAUGAGCCAGUGUUAAAUCACACUAUAUCACCUUUUGGAUAGUUUAGGUACAAAGUUAGGUUUUGUGUUUAAGUAGUGAUCUGUAAUUAGUAACUGCAUGUAUAUGUGAACCAGUGUCAUCAAAGGGCUUGUUACUAUCAAAGGUAGAUUUUUUUUUUUGUUGUUGUUGUUACUGUGUUUGUUUAGUUUUGGAUUUGUAGAUUUUUGUAGGGGAAGUUUGGUUCUUCCUGUAGGACAUAGUGUAGGAUAUACCACAGACCCAUGCAUAAAGUUCCCAAGAAGGCCUUCUGGUUUUGAAUCAUCUUUAUUCUUUAUAGACUCGACUUAUAUCAAAGAUAAUUCUCAUUGGCUUAUACGGUACCUGUCAAAAGUUUUGACUCACCCAAUCCCUGUUUUUUUUUUCCUCUUUAUUUUUAUAUAUAUUUUUUUGUUGUUGUUGUUGAAAGAAAUAAUGAACACACCAAAACUUGUUGGCUACCUCAUAUGGGGGCAAGCAAUGAACGUUGUAUAGAACUUUUUAUAUUUAUUCAGAGUAGCCUUGAUAACAGCUUUGUUUAGCAGAUUCAUUAGAUCGCCGUUGCUUUCUGAUUUUCCUGGUAAGAAAAAGAUUCCUGGUUUUUCACAUUUAAAAUUCAUUUACAUAAUCAACACACAGUACAUACCUACAUAGGAUUAACACACACACAUAGUAUAUACCUACAUAGGCAUUAACACACACACAUAGUACAUACCUACAUAGGCAUCAACACACACAUAGUACAUAUCUACAUAGGCAUCAACACAAUUAUUAAUAUUUUUUGCAAAGCACAUUUAAACCAAAAGCUUUAUGAUGGGUGUGUCCAAGCAUUUGACUGGUAUUAAAGAGCAUCUGGGAGUAAUUUUGACUAUUCACCUGCAGGAUCCAUGUGAUCUUAUUCAAUAGGUAAUCACACUGACCUAAGACCGGCACCUUUUUUUUAGACAUGUUUUGUGUUAGGCAUUCAAGUGGCCUCAGAUUCCACUACUUUAAAUUUAAACAUCUGUUUCAUUUUUAUUUCGUAAAAAUGAUGUUGCACAACUUAAAGCCCAGUUACAAGCUUAUUUGCUGGUUUGUGUAUAUUGGGCUCCACGUUCCAAAUGAAUGUGAUAUGUAGCCUGUACUUUGACAGUAAUUCAUCUUGGGACACGGUGCCAUCAGUGAUGUGGGUCUGUACAUUUGAGAAAAUGCUUCUCUGCUGGUUAGAAAACUGGAAACUAGCGAUCGCCGUGCUGAAGUUCAGUCUCUAUGUUGGUGUCAGCGUUUGCUGUUCUGGAACAUUAAAGCCACUUUUUUGGUGCCUUUGAUCUGAAUAAUCAAAACAAUGAAAACCUGGAAAAUGCUUGAAUACUUGUGAACCGUUUUUUUUGACCUGCAAGGAAGCUUUUGAUAGUUUUGUUUUCCACCUUGUGUGCGAUGUGUAUAUGAGUUGUUGUUUUUUUUUUUUUUCGGAUGAGGACAGCAAGGUUUCUCUGUGCCAUACAAAGUGUUCUAUCUUUUUUUUUUUUUUUUUUUUUUAAUAAAUAUUUUGCUUACUGCUCUUCAUAAUGUUUUUUGUUGUUUGUUUUUUCUUUUCUUUAAGGCCUGAUGUGGAUCUAUCUGGCCAUUCUAUUUGAAUUGUGUAUGUUUGGUCUAAUUUUAAAUAGGUGUGGGGUAUUUUUUGUUUGUUUGCUUGCUUUGGAAAUCUGUUUCAUUUGUUAAGAGUGGGCUUUUUUGGACCUUUUUUUAACAAUCAUUGAACUUGCUUUUGUUAUUUAAGAGUCAAACUGGUCCAAAUGCAUUUAAAUGUUUGUUUGGUUAACAACAACAAAAAAAAAAGCUACCCUUGGGAAAAGAUUCGAUUUUUGGUAAAUGUGCCCUAUUGACUUGUGUUUAUCUAGUCUAAUCUGACAGAGAUUGGGGAAUAUAAAAUAUACUCUAAUCCAUGCUCACAAACAUCACCUAGAAGAGAUGUCCUGAGUAUUUUCUUAAAACAAACUACUUGUUUUAUUUCAGCAUUAGUUUUGAAUUUUGCAGUCAUCUCAUGCAGUGAUUUAAUUUUUUUUUUUACUUUUGUACUCUUGUCUUUUUAUACAUUUUGUACCAAUAGUAUUUUUGUGCAAGUUAAAUACUGAAUAAAGCUUUGGAAAUAAUA